AUGGUACUUGUCACCGAGAAAUUUUUUAAUCGUAACCUUUCGGAUUAUUUGGGAAAUGUCAAUGACAUGUAUAUAUUAACUUGGGAAAAACGUUUGAAAAUCUGCAUUGAUAUUGCACAGGCACUGAUUUAUCUCCACAAUGAGAUGGAAGACAAAAAAAUGAUAAUACACGGUAAUAUAAAGAGCCACAAAUUUGGGAUAGAUGAGAAUUGGGUGGCAAAGAUUGAAGACUUUGAGUUCGCCGUAUUCCUACCUCCAAAUCAAAAAGACGAAGCUAUGUGUGAAAGGGCAAGAUUUAAGUCAAAGUACUAUUUAGAUCCAGAAUAUGUGAAGACCGGUAAGCUAAACAGAGAGUCGGAUGUGUAUAGCUUUGGAGUAGUUUUGCUUGAAAUUCUAUGUGGAAAGUAUGCUGAUGACCAAAUUUUCCUUAAGAAGAGUGAGGAAGGGCUUGUUCAUGUUGCAAGAGGAAACUUUUGCAAUGGAACAAUAAAGGAGACGAUAGAUCCUAUACUAAAGGAAGAAACCCGUAAAAUGAGUUAUAUUUCAAAUAGAGGAGCCAACAAGGAUUCUUUGCACACAUUUCUAGAAGUUGCAAACCAAUGUGUGGCAAAGACUAAAGAUCAACGCCCAACUAUGACAGUUGUUCUCAAUGAACUUGAGAAAGCAUUCAUCUUUCAAGUAAGCUUGCCUUCUUUAUGUGUGUAUAUAACCAUAGGGUUCAUAUUAGCUUAA